CCUUCGUGCUUUCUCCCCCUUUCCAGAUGUGCCGGGACGGGAGGCAGGGCAGGGACUGGGCAUUUGUGACACCUCCAUUUCCCUGCAGCCUCCUUCUCCCCACCCACCCCAUAUGUUUAUCUCAUCUUCCAGGGGUUCCUUUUCAUCAGCCUGUCGCUUCCCGCCUGGGAAAGGGCACUCUACCUGGAAGCAGAAGACGGGUUUCAGAGCUUGGCCCUGCCACUCCUCUGUGAAAGUCCCCGAAUCUCAGUUUCCACUAAGUAUUUUUUGCCUUGCUUGGCCUAGUUUUAAAGUUCAGUAUGACACAGUGAAAUAGAAAGGAAAUGGACAUUAUUGAGUUCCUGCAAGGCCGAGUACUAUGCAAAACUGCUUUAUCUGUCACAUUUAGUCCUUAUUAUUUGCCGUUCUUUCACAGAUCCCUAAACUCACAAAGGUUAACUGAUUUUUCUCGCAUAGCCAGUGAGUGGCGGAGGAGGAUACAGACAGAACCGUUUUUGCUCCCCAGUAAAGUUCUUUUCAUCAGACACUUCCUUUGGGCUGUUGGAUGGAACAGUUCCUCAGCCAAACCUUAUCCCCACAAGAGCUGCUUCCUGAAUUUCUCCCCUUGAGAAUUCUCCUUUUGGGUUCCUCUUUCCAACACAGCGUGCUCUGCUUUGCUUCUGCCUUGAUUACUUCAGAAAUCAAAUACAGCAAACAUUUAUUAAGUGAUGCAGAGGGGUGAACACUUAGAGUUGAGAGCCCUAAACUCUUGUCCUGGCUCUGCCACUAACUGGCCGUGUGGCCUUGGGCAAGCACCUUGUCUUUUCAGUGCUUUAGUUUCCCUUUGAAUAAAAUGGGUAAGUGCCUUCUGACUGGCAGGCUCUUGUCCAGUUCUCCCCUCCUAUCCUCCAGCAGGCUCUCCGUGGAGGCCCGGACCCUUCUCCUCCCCAUGGGCAGCUGCCAGGCAGGGCACAACCUGCAUCUCUGUCUGGCCCACCACCCACCUCUGGUCUGUGCCACUUUGAUCCUGCUGCUUCUUGGCCUGUCAGGCCUGGGCCUUGGUGGCUUCCUCCUCACCCACAGCACUGGCUUGCGCAGCCCUGACAUCCCUCAGGACUGGGUCUCUUUCUUGAGAUCUUUUGGCCAGCUGACCCUGUGUCCCGUGAAUGGGACAGUCACGGGGAAGUGGCAUGGGCCUCAGGUCGUGGGCUUACUGACCACCUUGAACUUCGGAGAUGGUCCAGACAGGAACAAGACACAGACAUUCCAAACUAUGGUCCAGGGUAGUCACAUGGGAUUGAAAGGAUCUUCUGCGGAAGAGCGGGUCCUCAUUACUGCCAGAGUGACCACAGAAAGGACCCCAGGAACGUGCCUGUAUUUUAGUGCUGCUUCAGAAAUCCUGCCCUCCAGCCAGCCACCCCUCUCCUGCUCAGAGGAGGGAACAGGAAAUGCCACCUUGAGUCUUAGGACGACUGAGGAGUGUGUCAGCAUCUGGAGCCACGAAGGCCUUGUGCUCACCAAGCUGCUCACCUCGGAGGAGCUGGCUCUGUGUGGCUCCAGACUGCUUGUUUUGGGCUCCUUCCUGCUUCUCUUCUGUGGCCUUCUCUGCUGUCUCACUGCUGUGUGCUUCCACCCGCGCCGGGAGUCCCACUGGUCUAGAACCCGGCUCUGAGGGCGCUGGCCUAGUUCCCAUCUUGUUCUCAGGUGUGAAUCAACUUCUCCAGACUUUGUUCUAAGUUGGAAGAGAUGUUACCAAAAAAUGGAGAGCUGGAAUGUGGGGGAAAAUAAAAGGCUUUUUUUGCCCAGU